AAACAUCAUUUUGCAUUACAAGAUCAAGAAUUCUUACAGAGAUCUGAGAACGAAAAUCCUCCGGUUCUUGUGGGAGCAGUCUCUCGUCUACUCUGCAGUGGGGCGAGCAAGCACAACGAUCUCACAGUUAGUGUUGAUGGCUUCAUCUAUGAACGUGUUCGAUAUUUUCAAUGCAGCUCGCAAUGGCAGACGCAUAUAAAGUCUUUUCCUCUAUCACUUAUCUCUCAAGGUAAUGCUCCUUCCGCCGUCUGA